AUGGCCGCCGGACAGACAGACAGACGUGCUCUCUAUGCAAACACGGAGCUGUCCAGCGCCUAUCUGACCAGCCGCAGCCGGACAUCCCAGCGGAACAUGGUGCUCUACCUGGCCGGGACCACCUACCGGUGCUGGGCGCACCUGGCCGAGGCCGUGAGGGAAGGGAAGAAUCAGUACCCGCAGGCUUUCGGGGUGCCCUCUCAGGACCUGUUCACGGCCAUCUACAGGUCCGAGGCUGAGCGCCUGCGGUUUAUGCGUGGCCUCCAGGAGGUCUGGAGCGUCAGCGGGAGCCGCGCUGCCGCCUUCGACCUGUCGCCCUUCCCGCUGGUCUGCGACCUGGGAGGAGGUUCCGGGGCGCUGGCCCGGGAGUGUGCCACCCUGUACCCCGACGCCACGUCCGUCUUGGACAUCCCGGAAGUCGUGCGGGCGGCCCGGGCUCACUUCCCCUUCCCGGAGGGGGCGCGGAUCUGCUUCCCAGGAAGGUGAGGAGACUUCUUCCGGGACGGGCUCCCGCAGGCCGAUCUGUACAUCCUGGCCAGGGUCCUGCACGACUGGGGGGACCCCAAGUGCUCGGCGCUGCUGAGCCGCAUCCACGGCGCCUGCAGGCCAGGUGGGGGCGUCCUGGUGGUGGAGAGCGUCCUGCAGGAGGACCGCCGCGGGCCCCGCUCCGCCCUGUUCCUCUCCCUGAACAUGCUGCUACAGACCGAGGGCCUGGAGCGCAGCCCGGGCCAGUACCGGGCGCUGCUGGCCGCCGCCGGCUUCGGGGAUUUCCGGUUCAAGAGGACGGGGGGCGUCUACGAUGCCAUGUUAGCCCGGAAGCCGCUGCCCCUGGGGUGGGGGGCCACCGUGCCGUGACAGCACUCACAAUAAAGAGCCAGCUUUCCCUGCG